GACCUCACUCAAUUGAAAUUGAAUCGUACUAGGAGUAUUGGAACUCAAGGAUUACCUUAUAUUUUCGUCGCCGUUGAAAAUAGAGGACAUAUACUUCAAACCUUCAUUUUCCAUACUAUCUCUGUCCUUCUUAUUUUUUAUUUGAUACCCAUGGGAGCGCACAAGUUGUCAGACUGGCGAAAGCUGCCCCUGAGUCUCACUGAGCUCUGCAUCGACACGACCCUCCGCUGUGGGCAGUCGUUCCGGUGGCGCAAGAUUAGUGAUGAAUGGCACUGCGUGCUACGGGGCCGUCUCAUAUCGCUCAAGCAGGAUGCUUCUCACCUACAUUAUCGAGUUACAUGGCCCAAGCCAACCGGAAGCCCCGUGACGUCUUCAGACUCCAUACCCGCAGCAGGUGAUGGAGAUGUAGACACCGAACAAGAUGACACCGAGUCCCUUUUACGCAACUACUUUGCUCUUUCACAUUCCCUGUCGACUCUUUACCAGCAGUGGGCAGCUUCCGACGCGAACUUCGCCCGACGCGCCCCAGCCUUCACGGGCAUUCGUAUACUCAACCAAGACGCCUGGGAAGCCCUGGUCGCUUUCAUAUGUAGCAGCAACAACAACAUCGGCCGCAUCAGCCAGAUGGUUCAAAAGCUCUGCAUCCACUACGGCCCUUACAUAGGAACCAUCGAAGGCGAGGCCUUCCACGACUUUCCCGAACCACAAGCGCUGUCAGGGACCCAUGUAGAAGCCCACCUCCGCGAGCUAGGUUUCGGCUACCGCGCCGCAUACAUUGCCCAGACAGCUGAGAUCAUUUCGUACCUCAAAGGCGCCGACUGGCUUCUCAGGCUCCGGAACCCGGAGUCGCCAGCCUUCGCCGCACCCAUCACGAGGCCCGGACAAAAUGAGACCCAAUCAAGCAGCAGCAGCGACGAAACUCCUAUAACGUACAGAACGGCCCACGAAGCCCUCCUCACACUCCCCGGCGUCGGACCCAAGGUAGCAGACUGUGUCUGCUUGAUGGGCCUGGGCUGGGGCGAAGCUGUGCCUGUCGACACACACGUCUGGCAAAUCGCACAGCGCGAUUACCAUUUCAGCACCAAGACCAAGACCAAGACAUUUACCAAGGUCAUGUACAAUUCCGUCGGCGACCACUUCCGUUCCAUCUGGGGGCCCCAAGCAGGCUGGGCGCAGAGCGUGCUAUUCACGUCGAACUUGAAAGCCUUCGCCGGGCAGGCUUCUGGGGCGGGUACGAAGAGUGGCAUCGUUGAGGAGGCCAUCGUCAAGGCGGAGAAGAUGGUCCGGAGGAGCAAGCAAGCUCACUCUUUGGCCGAAGACUAUGGGAUGGGCGUGGUGAAGACUGAUGAGGAGGAGGUUACCACGACGUUCGUCAGGUCUAGGAAGAGGAGGAUCACGGCGGUGACCAAGGUGUCUGGGAGUGAUAAGAAGCAUGUGGGAGCUGUGGAGGUGGAGGUUCAUACGCGCAGGACGAGUAAGAGGUUGAAGGCUGCCGCGAGCUAGUAUUUAGGCUUGGAGGGUGUGCGUGAAUUGUAUACAUGACUGUGAUGCACUCAAGUUUGCCCUUCAUCUGCUUGCCCGUCAACUCAAUGAGCAUAAAAGACGGGCAGUUGCAAGUCGACUCAGCUACACGUACAGAGCUCGCAUUGCUCGGCAUGCCGCCCAGGAAUGGAAGAUUGAC